AUGAUGCCGACAGAGAUGAACCAAGAUCAGAGACAGCAGUUUGAUCCAGCUUUGCUUUCGCUUUUGAGCAAUGGUGAGGGUUCUUCGUCAGAAUUGAUGAAGUCGCAGCUAAUGGCACAAAUGGGCAAUUCUGAAAAUCAAGCACAAAUCAACCCGAUGCUUUUGUCAUUUUUGAAUGAUGACAAAAGUGAUGUGGACGUCUCUGAAAUGAUGAAGGCUCAGAUGAUGUCGCAAAUGGGUUCUAUUGGAAAUUCAAUUAAUCCGAUGCUUAUGUCCAUGCUCAAUGACGAUGGUGACCAGGAUUUUUCAGCGAAAGAAAUGAUGAAGGCGCAAAUGAUGAGCCAGAUGUCUUCUUCCGGCACUCCAAUCAAUCCGAUGCUGCUGUCUUUCCUGAAUGAUGAUGACGAAAACGAUAAUGGGUCGAAAUCGACAACAGAGAUGCUGAAGCAACAAAUGUUAGCUCAGAUGUCAGCCUCCGGCGAUCCUGUCAGUCAGAUGAUGGUCCAAUCUUUUCUCAAUAAAAAUGAUGAAAGCUCGGAGUCAAAAUCGCCAUCCGAACUACUCAAGAAUCAAAUGCUUGCGCAAAUGGCAACAAGUGGUUCAAUUAACCCGAUGAUGCUGACCAUGUUGGACGAGGCGGAUGACGUUGGCGGGGAUAAAAUUGACAGAAUGAAAAUGGAAAUGCUCAACCAGUUGAUCCGAGAUCCAGAGACCUACAAAAUGGCUAGCACAUUGAAAGCAAUUCUAGACGAUCGAGAUGGAGACAUCGACUUGACGAGUUUGAUGAAUCAAAAAAUGGUCCCCGCAUUUGACUUUGACGAUCAAUUUGAUGUCGGAAGCAUGCAAGACCAAGACCGAUCUAUGCUAUCAAAAUCAAGGCCACCAACUCCACCUCCACUUGACAAGUCAGAAGUCAUGUUUUCGCUCAAGUAUCCUCAGUUCAAAGAUGAAAAGGUAUCUGGUCUUGCGAAGACAUUCUCGACCUUCGAUCAGAACAUGGAAGAGAACUCAGAAAGACUGGAAGAUUUCGCGAUCGAGAUUAUGGUCAACAUUGACUACAAAAAAGACCCACUGAAAAUGCUGAAUUUCAUCGAUUUCUCAACAAAUGAUACACUUGGAAACACCCCGAUGAUCCUCGCGAUUGGAAAUCUUAUCAACAACCAGUGUUUCUCGAAAGGCUCCAUCCAUGACUUCGCAAUAUCCGUACUCGAGAACAAUUACAGCUUCGAUGCGUACAGAACCUCAGCUGGAAUCGCCACGAUUCAACGAGAGAUAAAACUUUCUGUUCCUUGGCAAAGUGUUCUCGAAAAAGACACUCUGGCAGCAGAUGAGCUGAAAGAAACAAUCUCGCAGAUGAUAAAGAGGGACUUCAGAAUGAGUGAAUUCGAGAGACUGUCCGUUACGGUAAAGAGUCUCACACCUUCGCAAUCGAUCGCUGACGAUGAAAUAAUGGUCGAAGCCCUCGUAGAAUUCUCUGCAAAACGAACCCAAAACACGCAGGAAAACGAUCUUGCGAUAGCGAUAGAGGAGAUUGUUAAAGACUCAUUCCUUUUCACCGAGAUUGCAAUUCCGGAAAAGGACAAAGACGAGAUCCUCCAGGGCUCUUUGGAGAAAUCCGUGCGUGUCGUCCUCAAAUCUGGCUGGAGCAAUGAACUGAACGAGCCUGAAUCUCUUUACUCGAAACAGCUGAAAUCCGUGAUUGAGCAAGCUUUUGUCGACUCUCCAGUUUGGCUGACGUUUGGGCCACUGGAAAUUUCCGUCGAAAAUUUGAAACGAUCGACAGUUUUUUACUUUGGCAUCGAAGCUAACAUGACGAUCAAAGGAAUCACGUCGGAGGAGGAGUGGAAAGACAUCUUCGACUAUUUAAAAACAGUACCAAAAGAAGGGCAUUUUAUCGGUGCCGUUGCUCAGCAGCAAUCUGGUCAAGCUGUUGAAGAGAUGCAGGCUGUAACGACAGAAGCUCCAAAAGAAUUCAUCGUGGUGGACAAUACUCACGAGAUAAUUCUCUCGCUCUACUUCAACGAAAACUUAGAGGAUCCAUCAUCAGGGGCCUACAAGCAGUAUAAGAAAAUUCUCGAUCUUUCUUUGGCAGAGGACGACAAAAAUAUCGAAAUUCUUCAGUUCAAAAAAGCUUCUAGUGGAAUGACCUUGGCAAAGAUCAAUUUUCCACAAGAUUAUCAAUUCGAGGACAUUAAAAAGAAAGUCGACGCUGCUUAUUUCCUCGACUUUCCUGAACAGACAAGACGUAGAAAGCGGUCCUUAGUUUCGAAACCGAAUACAUCUGUAUCCAACCGUCAAAUUCUUCUCGUCCUUGCUCUCCAAUACAUCUCAGGGAAAAUUCUAGUGCCAUUCAACGAAAUUGCUUUGCUUCAAAAUGAAGAAAACUCCUUUUUAGUCGAUGCUGCCUUUGAAUUUCUCGUCAAAGACUACCAAAGAGUUCACGAGUCAAUAUCAACAAAAGGUAACUCCGACCCCCUUCAUGCGAUGAUACUGUAUCUCAACAGACUAACGGAAUCGGAAACGCUGAAAGUCAACAACUUCCUGAGCUUCUUUUUCAACCCCGAAUCGUUGAUGGUCUAUCAAGUCGCGCUGCAACAAUUCUCCAAUGCCUGCCUGUAA